AAACACGGCGAGGAUAAAGCAAGAUGGCGUCUGACGGUGAAGACGUUAUUGCAGUCGUCACAGUUCAGUGUUCUUAAUCUGUGCCUCCAUGUACACAUAUAUGUCCUUUAUUACACUCUAGUAAAUAGAGUAAACAUAACUGUUUGCAGCCGGUUAUAUUAGUCUGAGCGCACUUUGAUGCUUCUCCAGCUAGCUUAGCUUGCUAGUUAGCUUAGCUUGUUAGCUGCUAACAAAGAGAGGCGGAAGUGAUCAAAACACAUCGCUAAGCAGAGAUCAAGUGUGAGUGUAAAGUGUUGUGAUUGUGUGAAAAUGUGCGAAAGAACCAUAGCAGAGUACGAGGAGGAACUUUGUCCAACAAAAGAGGAGAAGGAGCGACAACAUCAAAAACAUCAAGUUGUGUUACACAGAACAGACAUCCAUCACCUGAUUGGACACCAAGAAGAAUGUCUCCCUCAUCUGCAGGGGGACAGUUUCACUCAGAGUAUCCACAGCCCUCUUAUUUUAAAGAGGAAGAGGAGGGAGAGUGUCCUGUAGGGCAGGAGGAGGCUGAUCUCAGCAAGUUUCCACUGACUGUUGUCUCUGUGAAGACUGAAGAGCAUGAAGACAAACCACCUGAGUCCUCACAGCUUCAUCACAGUCCAAACGUCUUUGAAGAACAUCUUCAACCUGAGCAACAGAAGUGGAGCUUCAGGAUGCGGCUGGAGAAGCCACAGCCCUCCCACAUUAAGAAGGAAGAGGAAUACCUUCAGAACCCCCAUUUUAAAGACGAAGAGGAGGACCCACUGACACCACCUUUUAAAGAGGAAGAGGUGGAUCCACAGAGCCCUCACAUUAAGCAGGAAAAGGAGUACCCACUAACCCCUCACAUUAAGGAGGAACAGGAGGAACACAGCAUCAGUCAGCAGGGAGAGCAUCUUGAAGAACUGGAGGAGGUUGAUGCCACCAAGAUGCCAGUGACUGGUGUCCCUGUGAAGAGUGAAGGUGAUGAGGUCAAAGGUGAGCGUGAGGAGAGGGGAGGGGGGGAGCCUCCAAGCAGCAGCUCAACUCAACACAUGACAACAGAAGCUGAUGGAGACCACUGUGGAGGAUCACAAGCAGACAAGCUCUUAGCUCCACUAUCAGAUAGUGAGGACACAACGUCACACUCUCCUGACACUGAUGAUGAAGACUCUAAAGAUGAUAAGACAUGUCACACUGACAACACACACUUCACGUGUUCUCACUGUGACAAAACUUUUAAAUAUCCUAGUAAGUUGAAAAGACACAUGAGAACACACACUGGAGAAAAAGCCUUUUCAUGCGCAAUCUGUGGUAAAGGUUUUACUCAAAGGAAAAAUUUGAAAACACACAUGAGAAUACACACUGGAGAAAAAAAAUUUUCAUGUUCAAUCUGCGGUCAAGAUUUUACACAUAGGCCAAAUUUGAAAGUACACAUGAGAAUACACACUGGAGAAAAACCAUUUUCCUGUUCAGAAUGUGGUAAAAGUUUUGUAAUAAGUCAAAGUUUAAAAGUGCACAAGAGAGCACACACUGGAGAAAAACCUUUUUCAUGUUCAAUCUGUGGUACAGAUUUUAAUCAAAGGCAAAAUUUGAAAAGACACAUGAGAACACACACAGGAGAAAAACCUUUUUCAUGUUCAAUCUGCAGUAAAGCUUUUACGCAUAGGCACGAUUUGAAGACACACAUGAGAAUACACACUGGAGAAAAACCUUUUUCCUGCUCAGAAUGUGGUAGAAGUUUUGUAACAAAUCAAACCUUAGUAGCACACAUGAGAACACACACUGGUGAAAAACCAUACUCUUGUUCAAGAUGCAACAAAAGCUUUCGUCACCGACAAUCUUUCACAGUACACAUGAGAACACACACAGGUGAGAAAGUGUUGAGUUGCAGUGUGUGUGGUGAAAAAUUCUCUUCUAAGUACCAGUGUAAGAAACACAAGUGUGCUGGUGAGAACAGCAGCAGCAAAUGAAGAUGCAGGAUUUGAAAUAAACUGUCAAAACUUGAA